AUGAAACGUAAAAAAAAACUACAGGAUGUGGUUAUGCUCAGAGGCCCAGAACUGGUCACCGUCGAACUUCAUGACGACGUGCAAAUGCGAAACGGCAUGCAGCUACGCACCACAGGUAGUGUUGCCGUCGAAGCGAAGCGACUUCGAGCCCUUUAUGCGCCUCCUGUCUCUAUCAAUAUUUACAGUCCGCCCACUCUACAAGAAGAGCAAUUGCAACGGGAUUUAGAGGAAAAGAGGACAGAUACUGUACGAGAACUGCAGCACUGCGAAGAAGCAGCACUUCUUGGUGCUGAAUGCACAGCUGAUGUUCGGUUUAGGACGAGUCUCUCGCAAGAUAUCCGCCUCGCUAACUUCAACGACCUCGAAGUCAGGGCGGCAGCCGAUGAAACUGGGUGGGAAAUAGGGAAGCGGCACCAUAAUUCGGACGACCUUCUUCAAGAGUUGUGGUUCAUGGAACCUUUGGAGUUUGUAGUACGGGUUGACCACCAAUAUGGAUGGUACGGAGUUGUCAGAGGCUUGAAAAAACCGACGAACAUACUGUCUCGUGCCAGUCCUGCUGUAAGAUUUGCCAAUAUUAGUGCCACGCAUGACACCAGUACUAGUGUUGUCAUCGUUGAGCAGCAGGUGUCCCGUGAACAUUUCAACGAUCAGCAGAAUGCUGAGAGGCGUGGGAACUGGGAAGGGAGGAAUUGGAUAGAAUUCCUUUUUCUGGUAUCCCACCAACGUACUGCUGCCAGCAGCCACUGGGAGUCCGAGGAGGUUUGUGAUGCGCUUCCCCGCUAUCCCAUCUACGCCUUUAAUGCAUAUUCUUGCACCCUCUCGGUGCUCUUUGGCAUGCAAAAACCUUAUAUACUCUUUGCACCUGUGCUGCGCCCUCUCGCACCUCGCACUGUCUUGACACAAUUCGCACUCUCCCAGCACCAUUUGCCCCCUCUUGCUGCAUCCGAGCCCUCUUGUAACUUCACGCAAACCAAAAUACAUUACAUGCCCAGUAUAGUCGGCGAGCGCUGUGACCGCCAAUGUCGAGCGCUCUGCCAGUGGAUUAUUGAUUGUCCGAGUCUCGUUAGCGUCAUGAGAAAGAAGGACCCUCCACCCCCUCCUAUUCCCGAUGUCCACUGUACUGUGUAUUAUAAAAUCUGCGUCUGCGCAAACUGGGGGGUUGUAAGCACAGAUAAGCAUAAACCUAUUUAUGCUGAUUAUGGGAACUCAGGGGAACCAACGAAAAACGCGCUAGUGUGCAAAGCGACGUCCAAGUUGUAUCAAUCACUUUGUUCCAAGUCUGUCCUCUUGCUCGCGUUCUCCUUCUCGCAGUCCCACUUUAUCUUCAACCUCACCAACACCAGCCAGUGGAGGAAUGUCAUGACAUUGUCAUGGACCACUCACGUUACUCUGAAUUUAUCCCACGGCUACAACACCAAGGAUCAUCAAUUCAUUGGUGGUACCGCCGUGACGCUCUCGCAGCCGUUCGCCGUGUAG